AUGGCAUCGCCCUCCACUCCACCAUCUACUGAUCCCACUCUGGAACACUCCAUCCAACACCAUGUCUAUUCCGGCUUACCCCGUCCCCAGUCCGUCGCCGAUACACGCCUCAAGACCCUUCGUCGCCUGCUCAAAGGCUACAGCUCCCUCUCUGCACCUACUCUCCUUCAACCCCUCAGUCCGAAUUUCACUCACGAGGUUCUUCCCCAAUCCUUGGGCAUGCCAGUGAGGGGCAAGGAGGACUUUGCGCACCAUGCCGCCAUGGUUUUCUCAGCAUUCCAGAGCUUUGAUAUGAAGCCUACAGAGCUGUGGGAGGAUCCGGACAGAGGGGGGGUGAUAUUGAGGUGCGCAAUGGAAGGGAUCUUGAAGACCAAGGAGAAGCCUGAAGGCGAGAAGGGGGAGGGCAAGGCUGAAGAGGGUGGGAAAGUCGGGAUGGAGGCCAAAGAAGAGGUCACUCCCCAAGUGGAUAUGGAAGACGUGUACAACCCUGAUGGAGACCUAAGUAAUAUCUUGGGAGACCUAGCAGAGUCACCCGAAAUUCCAGAGACACUCCUGAGUCCCAUCACCGAAGUCACCGAACCCGGUUCAGAAAUCCCUCCUCUUUCCUCUCUCAGUCUCUCCAACCCAUCGACAUUUUCUUGCCACGAAGAAGAACAAGAACCAACGUCGUCUUCACCCCCAACAUCAUUAGAAGAUGCACACCCUUCACCCCCAUCACCAUCACCACCAAUCCUAGAAGAGCCGUCAUUUCAAUCUCAACAAGACAAAUCCACAGAUAAAGAGACAAUCCACUGGAACAACGAAUGCCUCCUCAUCAUCUCCUUCACCCCCUGCGGCUCGCAAAUCUCCAAAAUCCAAGAAUUCGUCGACUCCGCCAAAGCAGUCGAGAUGAAGAAGAAACAUGCCCCCAAGGGCUUCGACGAGGCCUCGGCGCCUCCACCACCCACUUACAAGCCUGCCACAUAUCUCGACCUCGACACCCUCAAACUCAAAGACGGAGGAGGUGGAUGUCCCGGACAUGGACAUCAAUUGGGGAUGGACAGGCCAGUUCAAUAUCCCAUGCCCAUGAACGGUCUAAACAGUCUAGACACGUCCGACACAUUCAGUACUACGACCGAGUACCCUUCUUCCAACCAAAACUCGCCGCUAAGGUGUCUGGUUGAUUGGUCGGCUGAGACUUCAGGUCCUCCAUCUACCAAUGAUGCAGAUGCGGAAGAAGCAGAUUGUACACCGAAAUGGAAGAAAUUGCGAUUCGCUACUACCAAAAGCACAAGUCCAGCCAAGGGACCCGAAGCUUUUAAUUCUGGUUCUGGUUCUGGUUCUGGUUUCGGGCAUGUUCAUGGUCAUAAUUCGGGAUUGUGGUCGUCGUCAGGUGAUCUAGUUGACCAUGAACAUGGACGUGGAGAGAACAAAGGUUGGAGCGGCACCGUUGUCGACACGAUCGAGGUCAUUAAUCAGUUUGUUCCUUCACGGCUGCUUCCUGUGGAGUUGGACGACCGGACUGGGCAGGUGGCUGUCAAGAGGGAGUGGGUUUCGGGCGCAGCGACUUUUGUGGCGGGGGUUGCGUUGGGGAAUUUCUGGUUUGGAGGUGGGAGAGGGGGAGGGAGGGUGGGGUGA